AUGGUAUUGCAGCCCGUGUUUUACGCCCUGAGGCCUCUAUUGGCUCAGCCAUCGUUUGUGGUAAACCCCAGUCCUCUGGAACUGACAAAUAUUAUUAUCCAAUUACUAUUCAACGUAUUGAUUGGCCAAUGGCUGGGAUGGCAUGUCGUGGCGUAUAUGAUCGGCGGAAUGGUGUUGGGUAUGGGUUUGCAUCCAAUGUCCGGACAUAUAAUCUCUGAACACUUUGUGAUGUUUGACGAGAGGAUUGAUUUGCUGAAGAAGAUUAAAAAAGAUCACAUCGAGACCGACGAGUAUCUGAAACUAAUGCCGGAGACCUAUUCAUAUUACGGACCAAUUAAUAUGAUAAUGUUUAACCUGGGCUAUCACGUCGAGCACCACGACUUCCCGUCCAUUCCCGGCGCCAAUUUGCCCCGAGUUCGGGAAAUCGCUCCCGAAUUUUACGAUUCCCUUCCGUCUCACAGUUCGUGGACUUAUGUCAUCUGGAAGUAUAUAACGGAUCCAAAGAUCGGUCCCUAUUCUCGAGUCAAACGACCGCAUCGUUUCGGUAAGAAGGAUGAAAAGGCCGUCGAUUUUAUGAAUGAAGUCAAUGCAGUAAUUGUUAAGUAA